AUGGAUGCGAGAACUGGGCUUCGGAAGUCAAGCUCCACUCCUAUUCUUAAGCCUCUCCAUCAAGAGACCAAUGUUCCAGGUGAGGUCCCUUUCCCGAAGAAGGAGAGGAAAGAUCGCGCAAAGUUGGCUUCCUUAAAAGAGGAUGGUCGUUUCACCCGGCAGCUCCCUGUCUCGGAGCGGCUCUUCCCACCUUUGCUCGACCGCUGCAGCCGGACCCGAUCGGCCCUGUUCCGCGAGGCGGUGGAGCGGGACCACAUCAGCAAUGUUAUUGCUUCCAACUACACUCCCCAGGCACAAGUUCUAACAAUUGACCAUGAGGCUCAUGUCAACCUGGAGAGCACCAUGAUCAGACGAAAGCCGGCCGUGAAGAAAAAGGAUGGAAAUGACAGCGGGACAGCUGAUGUCCGGAACGUGGAUUGGACUUCCGAAUGGCCGCGGAUUGUGGAGGAUUCUCCUAUUGUUGCAGAAUUGGAUUCUGUGGGCCUGUCGAGCACCGAGUUUUGUCGCAUUCUCAGCAGGUACAAGCAUUACACCGAGGGAGGGGUGCCUUCGGAGGUUCUGGCCCCCUACCACCGCCAAUGGCUUGAGCACGCGGUGCUCCUCUUGGAGUUGCAAAACCCUGCCAGGUGGCCACUGCUUUCCGAGGAUGAGCAAGGGCAGCUUAUAGAAGAACUCCGACAUGAAAUCUUGAAGGGGUACAUCCGAGCUGCCAAAACCUCAGUCGUCAAUUACGCUUUGCUGGAUGACCGGUGCAGGAAGCGGCUGGACAUCCCAUUUGUUCCUGUGCCACCUCCGGAGUGGGGUCGAUUGACAUACACAGUCCCUGACAUUGGGACACCCGGUGGGCCCCCAGAGCACUGGCGCGCAGGCCUCCAGGCUGCGCGGACUUCGCUGGCAAUGCGGCAUGUGCAGAACUCUGCAACAGCCCUGAGAUUAGCAGAUUUCUGGUUGGAGAACUGUGAGGACAUACGGCUUCUCAAUUAUCCCCGAGCACAUGCGGAGACUUGCGACAUCAACACAUUCUUUUCUUCUCAGAGUUCCUUACGUGAAACAGGAUUGCAGGGAUUGUCAACUGCAUGGCAGCAGGUGAUCCAGAUAGUGUCCGAAGAGCCGGUCUACCUCCAGGCGUCGGUCGACAUGGAGGCAUCUGGAGAGCCCACGACUCCCAAUAGCAAGUUGCUACAGCUCAUCCCAACUGCACAUCCAGAGAAAAUGGAGUCGCACUUCUACGAGGCUGUGGCGGCUCUUCUCUCACAGCUUGCCAGGGAUGUGGUGGAGGUAAGUCUGCGGGAGUACGUGGUGCUCUUUGAGCGAUUUGCCGGCGAACCGCUGCACUACUCACAGGUCAAGGCACUUACCAGUGGAGACCGAUGGCAGGAUGUCAUGUUGGUCAACAAGCUGACCGUGGGCCCGCAGGGCACAGACAUCCGCUUCAAACAUGACUUGGACUUUGUAAGGGCACGGCUUCUGCAGCCCUACAGGGAUUGUACCACUUGCCUGAGAGAAUUUCCCAGGCCAGAUGCCAAGUUGAAGGAGACUGUGAACCGCCCCCUCCUGUGGCAAGUUAGGGAGGAGGAGGAGCACAUCAAGAAGGGAUUCGAUCGUGUCGAACAGAUCGUAAACGUAAACCUCUACAACAUGGACAAGGCUCUUGAGCUGUACGAGCCUUUUACGUUCCUGCUGACGGAGGAAGAGAAGCUGCCUGCGUUCUUUGAGGACCAGUCGAACACGCGGGAGAAGUACGCGCUGUACUUGCAACACCUGCGUGACACUGUCUCAAAGCUUCGAGAGCAGUGCCCGAAUCUUUUGAACAUGCAGAUGAUGAGAGUUGAUGCUGCAGAAGUGAACCAGAAACUCGAACAAUGCGCUGAUGACUGCGUGUCCAAGAUCUUGCGUUUCCUCGCCAUUCGCAAUCAAGACCGCAGUGCGCGCUUGGUGAAGCAAUUUGAGCAUCUGAACCAACGGAUAAUGCGCCAGCCGGAGAACGAGGAGCAGCUGGUGGAGCUUGAAAGUGCUGUGGAGGAAGCAAAGGCCAAGAUUUUGCCCAGCCUCCUGGAUGAGUACGAGGAUAUCAAGGCGUGGCUUUUCUUGACUUGGGAUGAGGAGUUUCUCCUUACGGAAGAGGACUACAAUGCUAUUUGGGAGGCCUCGGCUUGGAAGAAUUACGGCGCAAAUAUCGCAGAUCGAGAGCGAGACUUGGAGAUGGACCGUAUGACCAUCGAAGGCAAGCUCACUGUGAGGAGAACAGAGCUGCAAGAGGAGCUCAACGCCAUUUUGAGCAGCAUCCACAAGUUCAAGGACAAGGGUCAAAUUCGAUACCUGGAUGAAUAUUUAGAUGACCUUGCCAGCAUCAAGAAGAACCUGGCCAGUUUGCAGGCACGGUGCGAGAGGGUAAACUAUGAGGAGGAGCUGGUAGGUUGGGAGGCUGCGGAGUUUGAUGUGUUCGAUGAGGCACAAAGUGCCCUGGAGCCCUAUGACAAGCUUUGGAAUCUGGUUCACGAUCACCACAAGGCCAAUUCCAAGUGGACACGGAGCCCGCUGUUUUCAGGGGAGAUCAAGCCCGAAGAGGUCGAGUCUGAAGUCAAUAACAUGUGGCGACUCUCCUUCAAGUUGAAGGCUCAAUUUGAGCAGGAGCAAAUUUCCAAGCCCGCGAAGGUGGCAGAGAAAGUGAAAAACGAUUUGGAUGCCUUCAAGGAGAAUGUGCCCUUGCUACAUGCCCUUUGCAACCCGGGCCUCAGGGAAAGGCAUUGGGCGGAGAUAUCCAAUGUUAUUGGCUUCCAGAUGGAACCAGAUCCAAGCCUCACCUUGAACAAGGCUCUGGACCGGGACCUGGGAGCCUACAUACAGAAGAUUUCCGAAAUCUCCGAAAGUGCGGCCAAGGAGUAUCAGAUCGAAAGUGGCUUGGAAGCCAUGAUCAAAGAGUGGGAGCCUGUGGUGAUGGAGUUCAAGGACUGGGGCACCACAGGGACCUAUAUCGUUUCUGGCGCAUCCAUCGACGAGGUUCAAACUUUGUUGGAUGAUCACGUCAUCAAGACUCAAACCAUGAAGGGCUCGCCUUUCGCAACUGAGUUCAAGGACAAGCUGGAAGAUUGGGAGGCUUAUCUUACUGGGGUCCAAGACGUUGUGGAUGUGUGGCUCAAGGUGCAGGGAGUUUGGCUGUAUCUGGAACCCAUUUUCUCCUCAGAGGACAUCAUGCAGCAGAUGCCCACAGAAGGUCGCCUCUUCCGCGAGGUGGAUGGUACUUGGCGGGAUAUCAUGGCCAGAAGCACGGCCGACCCCAAAGCACUUGUCGUCUUCAAGCAGCACAAGUUCUUGGAGAACCUGCAGGCCGCGAAUGAUAAACUCGAGACUGUCCAAAAGGGCCUCAACGACUACUUGGAAACAAAGCGACUCUUCUUUCCACGCUUCUUCUUCCUUUCGAAUGACAACCUUCUAGAAAUUCUGAGCGAGACGAAGGACCCAAAACGCGUGAAUGCUCACGUGAAGAAGUGCUUUGAGGGCAUGCAGAGCCUCCAGUUCGAGGAGAACAUGAACAUUUCGGCAAUGAUUUCGCCCGAGAAGGAGAACGUGCCACUUACCAACAUCGUGGACCCAGUUGCAGCCAAUGGAGCUGUGGAGAAGUGGCUCGUCCAAGUAGAGGGCGCAAUGAUUGAGUCCAUCCGAGACCAGAGUUUCCAGUCAAGGGAUGACUAUGCGGUCACGCCGUUCGUCGACUGGGUGCAGAAAUGGCCUGGUCAGGUGGUGAUUGGCAUCUUCAACCUCUACUGGACCUCUGAGGUAAAUGAGGCCCUCACAGAAAGAGGCAAUGCUGGCUUGUGUGAUUAUUCGAUGAAGCUGGACAAGACACUGGAUGAGAUCGUCGGCCUGGUAAGGCGAGAAAUCCCGAAGCUUGUCCGGUGCACGCUUGAGGCUUUGAUAGUCAUCUUCGUGCACAACAAGGACACAAUAGUUGAACUCAGCGAGCGUGGAACUUCUGAAGUCACCGAUUUUGAUUGGCUGGUUCAGCUCCGCUACUUCAUUGAAGACAAUCCGGACAAUCCUGGCCAUGAUGACAUCUUUGUGCGCAUCACGAAUAGUUUCUUGGGCUAUGCCUAUGAGUACCUGGGGAACUGUGGCAGGCUGGUGGUGACGCCGUUGACGGAUCGUUGCUACCGCACCUGCUGCGGGGCACUGCACCUGCUCUACGGCGCUGCACCUGAGGGCCCCGCGGGCACAGGCAAAACGGAGACAGUCAAGGAUCUUGCGAAGGCGCUGGCCCGCUUCUGCGUGGUGUUCAAUUGCAGCGAUGAGCUGGAUGUCAAUGCGAUGGCAAAGUUCUUCAAAGGCUUGGCUUCUUCGGGCGGAUGGGCCUGCUUCGACGAGUUCAACCGCAUCGAUGCUGAGGUUUUGAGUGUGAUCGCGCAGCAGAUCUUGCAGAUUCAGAAUGCAAUCAAGGCGCGGCUCACCUGCUUCGAGUUUGAAGGCACAGCAAAUUUGCCCAUCAAGUGGACGUGCAACUGCUUCAUCACGAUGAACCCUGGAUAUGCGGGCCGUGCAGAGCUGCCAGACAACUUGAAAGCCUUGUUCCGCACAGUUGCCAUGAUGGUUCCAGACUAUGCCAUGAUCGCAGAAAUCAAGCUGUACUCUUACGGUUACGCAGAGGCCAGGCCACUUUCGCAAAAGAUUGUGACCACCUACAAGCUCUGCAGCGAGCAGCUCUCAUCUCAAAAGCACUAUGACUAUGGAAUGCGGGCUGUCUUUUCGGUGCUCGUUGCUGCGGGCAAUCUGAAGCGCAAGUACCCAACCGAGAAGGAGGACAUCUUGAUGCUGCGCUCAAUCUGCGACGUUAACUUAGCGAAAUUCUUGGCAUUUGACGUGCCGCUGUUCAAGGGUAUCACUUCUGAUCUUUUCCCCGGAGUUGUGCUUCCUGAACCCGACUUUGGAGCUCUAACUUCCAAAUUGGAAUUCCACCUCCGCCAAGAGCACUGCCAACCGCAUCCCUACUUCAUCGAGAAGAUCAUUCAGUUCUAUGAGUGUCACAUUGUGCGCCACAGCGUGAUGCUGGUGGGAAUGCCCUUCAGUGGCAAGACCACGGCCCUGAGCUGUUUGCAGAAGACCCUGAGCGAUCUGGCCAAUGAAGGAGUCAUGCAUGCGGGUUGCAUCGUGCACCAGGCGCGUCUAAACCCGAAGAGUAUACCGGCUCCGUGCCUCUACGGGACGUUCGAUGAAGUUUCCAAGGAGUGGGCUGAUGGCAUUGUUGCUGUACUCUUCAGGGAGUUCGGCCGUAAUCAGACAGAAGAGCGCAAGUGGUUGGUGUUUGACGGGCCGAUUGAUGCGGUUUGGAUUGAGAACAUGAACACCGUCAUGGACGAGAACAAGAAGCUGUGCCUGAACAGUGGCGAGAUCAUUGCUAUGUCGCCGAACAUGCGCACCAUCAUGGAGCCUAUGGAUGUGAAUGAGGCCUCUCCGGCAACAAUCUCUCGCAAUGGCAUGGUAUUCUUUGAGCCACACUUGAUGGGCAUCGACCCUCUCGUGGAGAAGAACUUUCUGGGAGGGAUGCCCGAGAUCCUUGAGGAAGAUGAAGCUAAUGAGGUCAGAGCUAUGACUGAAUGGCUGUUGAAGCCUUGCAUCAAGUUCCUUCGAGAAGAGUGCGCUGAGGUGUCGCCCACACAAGAUCAGAAUAUUGUGCAAAGCUUCAUGUAUAUCCUGAUGUCUCACCUGAAAGAUUUCUUGGCAUUGGAUGUCUACAAAAAGGUGGAGGGUAAUGAGGCGACAGGCAAGAAGAACAUCAUCAACAUGAUCGAUGCGGUGGUUGUUCUGAGCGUCAUUUGGUCGAUAGGCUGCAUCCUGCAGACAAACUCUAGGCCAGAGUUUGGCACGUUCCUGCGUGGCUUGCUCCAAGGAAAGAUUGAGGGUGUGUCGCAAUACAAGAAGCUGACGCCAGAGUUCCCGGAGCGCGGCUCUGUUUAUGACUGGAUCUUCAUGGCAGAGGAAAUAAAGUGGAUCGGCUGGAUGGACACGGUUGACCCCCAGACAAUCAAGCCUGGUUCAGCCGUGGAGUCCAUCAUUGUGCAGACACUAGACAGUGUGCGCUACACUUACAUCUUGAAUCAUUGUAUCAAGCAUCGCAUCAAGUUGCUUUUCUGCGGCCCAACUGGCACAGGCAAAACGGCAUAUAUGCAGCAGUGUCUCAUGGGCUUGCCAAAGGAUGGCUUCAAUCAGAUCAUGAUGGGCUUCUCCGCUCAGACAAAAUGCGCCCAAACGCAGGAUCUCAUUGAUGCCAAGCUUGACCGGCGAAGAAAAGGUGUCUACGGGCCGCCCUUGGGCAAGUUGUGUGUGCUGAUGGUCGACGACCUGAACAUGCCCAACAAAGAGACCUACGGCGCACAACCGCCCAUCGAGAUUUUGAGGCAGAUGAUUGAUGCGAAAGCGUAUCCUGAGACUGGGGGCUGGUUUGAGCGCAAAGAUGUCACGCACCCGUUCCGCAACAUCAUCGACGUGUUGCUGUUUGCAGCCAUGGGCCCUCCGGGUGGUGGACGCACGUUCAUCACGCCCCGUAUGAGCGGGCACUUAUACCUGGUUGGCUUCCCGCUGCUUGAUGAUGACAACAUGAAGAUGAUUUUCUCAACGAUCUUGGACUGGAAGAUGCAAGCAGACGGAUAUCCUGCAGAGGUCACUUCACUUUCCAAAAAGAUUGUGUCUGGCACCUUGGAGGUUUACAAGGCGGCUGUUGCCUCCCUCUUACCCACGCCACUGAAGGUGCACUACACCUUCAAUUUGAGAGACUUUGCCAAGAUCAUCUUUGGAGUUCUGCUGCUCAAGAAGAAUGAGUGCGAUGGUGUUGCAAGACAUGUGCGACUGUGGGUGCACGAGAUAUGGCGUGUAAUUGGGGACCGACUGGUGGUAAACGAGGACCGCAUGUGGAUGUUGGAGCAGGUUCGUGGAGUCACGAAGAACAUCUUCGGCCAAGGUUUCGACGAGGUAAUGAAGCACCUGGACAACGAUGGCGACGGAAAAGUUACCACGUUGGAUGAGAUCCGCACGCUGAUCUUUGGAGACAUGCUCUCCCAGCCAGCUGCCCCCAAUCGGCCUUACACGGAGUGUCCCGACAUUCCCACACUUCAGACGACGGUAGAGUCGCACCUGGAGCAGUACAAUCUCAUGUCCACCAAGAAGAUGGACCUUGUGUGCUUCCUUUACAUGCUGGAACAUCUUUCUCGGGUCGCUCGUGUUAUCAAAACACCCGGUGGCAAUGCGCUCCUGGUUGGUGUGGGUGGAUCUGGUCGUCAGAGUUGCUCAAGACUGGCAUGCUUCCUUGCCGAUUUCGAUGUCUUCCAGAUUGAAAUAGCUCGCGGCUAUGAUCAGCUGGCGUUCCGAGAAGACUUGAAGAAGCUCCUGACAGCAGCCGGAGGAAAGGGAGAAAAGACAGUUUUCCUGUUCUCCGAUUCUCAGAUCAAGAGCGAAGGCUUCGUGGAGGACCUCAACAACCUCCUAAACACGGGAGAAGUUCCGAAUUUAUUCCCUCCCGAUGAGAGAGUCCAGAUCUGUGAGAUGGUCCGAGCAGCCGCUCGACAGGAAGGAAAGGCGCCAGAGGGCACACCCACGCAGCUCUACGCAUAUUUCGUGGAGAGAUGCCAAAAGUUGCUGGCCAUCGUUCUUUGCUUCUCUCCCAUUGGAGAUGCCUGGCGAGCACGGAUUCGCCAGUUUCCUUCCUUGGUGAACUGCUGCACCAUUGAUUGGUACACGGAAUGGCCUGCAGAUGCUUUGGUUGCAGUGGCUGAGCGAUUUCUUGGGCAGGUCGAGAUGGAGGAUGCUGUGAGACACAGCUGUGUGGAGAUGUGUUCUUUGUUCCACUCUGAGACCACGGAAUUGGCGGUAGAGUUCAAGAACAGCCUGAAGCGCAUCUACUACGCAACCCCAACCUCCUUCUUGGAGCUGAUCCAAACUUUCAAAACACUGCUUGCGGCCAAGCGAAAGCAGGUCACAGACCUCAAAGACAAGUACGAAAAGGGCCUCGACAAAAUCCUCACUACGGAGCAGUCCGUUGAAGGGAUGAAGGUGGAGCUCAUCAACUUGCAGCCAAAGCUCAUUGCAAAGAAUGAGGAGGUUGAAAAGAUGAUGGUGGUUGUCGAAGGUGAGUCUGCCAAAACUGCAAAGGUGAAGGAGGCGGUCGCAGCAGACGAGGCUGUCGCCUCAGAGGCAGCUGCAAAGUCGGAGGCGCAGAAGGAGGAAGUUGAGGCAGACCUGCAAGAAGCAAUGCCUGCCCUGAUGGAGGCUCUUGGUGCGCUUGAUACCUUAUCUGCCAAGGAUAUCGGUGAGAUCAAAGCAAUGAAGAAUCCACCUGGUCCUGUCAAGCUGGUCUUACAAGCCGUUUGCAUCAUGAAGGGCAUCAAGCCAAAUCGAGUGAAGGACGAGUCCGGCAAGAUGGCUGAGGACUUCUGGGGGCCUUCUGUCAAGAUGGUGGGCGAGUCCGACUUCCUCAGAUCUUUGCAAACAUUUGACAAGGACAACAUACCCCCGGCCACAAUCAAGAAAAUCCAAACGUUUGUGCCCCUAGAUGAUUUCCAGCCCGCACGAGUCAAAAGUUGCAGCACGGCUGCCUGGGGCAUUUGCAUGUGGGUGAGGGCCAUGGAGACGUAUGACAGGGUGGCAAAGGUUGUGGGCCCAAAGAAAGAGGCUCUCGCAAUUGCUGAGGCUGAGUAUGCAGAGGUCAUGGAGAAGCUGAAUGAAAAGAGGGCUCAGCUUCAGAAAGUCCUGGAUGAACUUGCUGAGCUCGAGGCCAAGCUAAACGGCUUGAAUGCCGAGAAAGAUGACCUAGCCUUUCAGGUGGACCUUUGCAAAAAGAAGCUGGACCGUGCUGAGACGCUGAUCGAGUCUCUGGGGGGUGAGAAGACACGCUGGACACAGAACGCUGCAGACUUGUCAGUAGAUUAUGUCAACCUAACGGGGGAUGUGAUCGUCUGCAGCGGUUUGAUCGCCUACCUUGGUGCAUUCACACCAGACUUCAGGGAGAAGACGGUGAAGUCGUGGACAGAACAGUCCCUUGGAAAGCAAAUUCCUGGAAAGGAAAAGGUCAGCUUGGAGGACUGUUUGGGAGAGCCAGUAAAGAUCCGCAAUUGGACCAUUUGUGGGCUGCCAAAUGAUGCCUUCUCCAUUGAGAAUGGAAUCAUUAUCGACAAGUCUCGCAGGUGGCCUCUUUGCAUUGACCCUCAAGGGCAAGCAAACAAGUGGAUCAAGAAGAUGGAGGAAGCGAACAAGCUGGCUGUCAAGAAGUUUACAGACAGCGAUUACAUCAGACGCCUUGAGGGCUGCAUUACUUAUGGCAAUCCUAUGCUGGUUGAAAACAUCCUCGAGGAGACAGAUCCCGCCAUCGAGCCCGUCCUUCUAAAGCAGACCUACAAGCAGGGAAACCGAAUGAUGCUGAAGCUGGGCGAGACUGUUCUCGAGUACAACAAGGACUUCAAGUUCUACCUGACCACAAAGCUCAGGAAUCCUCAUUAUUUGCCUGAGAUUGCCGUGAAGGUGACGCUGCUUAACUUCAUGAUCACAGUUGUGGGCCUUCAGGACCAGCUUCUGAACAUUGUGGUUCAGGCGGAACGUCCGGAGCUAGCUGAGGACAAGGCGCGGCUAGUCAUUGAAGGCGCCGAGAACAAGGCACAGCUGGAAGAGACGGAGAACAAAAUCCUCCACGUCCUGCAGACCUCACAGGGCAAUAUUCUGGAAGACGAAACCGCAAUCAACGUACUGAGCUCCAGCAAGGCCCUGUCCAACAAGAUCGCGGCAAAGCAGGAGAUUGCAGAGGAGACUGAGAAGCAGAUUGACGAGGCUCGCCUGGGCUACGUGCCUGUGGCUUUCAAAACAGCCAUUCUCUUCUUCUGCAUCUCUGACCUGGCCAACAUUGAUCCGAUGUAUCAAUACAGUCUGCCUUUCUUCGUCAGCCUUUUCCUGUCUGCAAUAGACAAGGCAGAAAAGAGCGACGAUCUCACAGUGCGCAUUGAGAAUUUGAAUGACACUUUCCGCUACACUUUGUACUGCAAUAUUUGCCGAAGCUUGUUCGAGAAGCACAAAACCCUCUUCUCAUUCCUGCUCUGCAUGCGCCUGCUCCUGGCAUCAGACGAGGCUGACUACGAUGAUUAUCGCUUUUUGCUCACUGGGGGCGUGUCGCUGGAAGAUCCCCCACCUCUUCCAGCCGCGUGGGUGCCAGACCGGUGCUGGGGAGAGCUAUUUAGGCUGAACAAGAGCAAGGAAUUUUACCAGGGCUUUCACGAGAAGUUUGCAGCAGAGCUGUCGGUGUGGAGGAAGGUCUAUGACGAUGUCAACCCUAUGAAGCUCUUGAAAGAUGCUGAGACGCGACCUAGCUCUAUGGAUGGCUUCAAUGACUUCCAAGACUUGAUGGUCCUUCGGUGUAUCCGCCCAGACCGCGUGGUCCCUGCGGUGCUCGAGUUUGUCGCAGGCAAGUUGGGCGAGAAGUUCGUUAACCCUCCACCCUUCGACUUGGCGGGAUCAUAUUCGGACUCGAAUGCCAUGUCUCCACUCAUCUUCAUCUUAUCUCCUGGUGCAGACCCAGGAAGCAAUCUGUACCGCUUUGCAUCAGAGAAGAGCCGCGAGGUUGCAUCCAUCUCCCUCGGGCAAGGCCAGGGCCCAAAAGCCGAGCGGCUGAUGGACAUCGCCAUGAAGGAUGGUGGAUGGGUCCUGCUGCAGAACUGCCACCUGGCAACCUCCUGGAUGCCCAGACUGGAGAGGCUAUUGGACGAGAAGGACCCGAAGAAGGUACACAAGGAUUUCCGCCUAUGGCUGACGUCUUACCCGUCCAACAAGUUCCCUGUCGCGAUCCUUCAGAAUGGUGUGAAGAUGACGAACGAAGCUCCGAAGGGCUUGCGAGCAAACAUGACCGGCUCAUACAACAUGGACCCCAUUAGCAAUGAGGAGUUCUUUGAAGCAUGUACGUGCGGACGGGAAUUCAAGCGUUUGGCCUUCAAUCUUUGUUUCUUCCACGCCGUCAUUCAGGAACGCAGGCUCUUUGGUCCUCUAGGCUGGAAUAUUGCCUAUGAGUUCACUGAGAAUGACUUGCGCAUCUCAGUCCGACAGCUGCAAAUGUUCUUGGAUGAAUAUCCGAAUGAGGCUCCAAUCAAAGCGUUGAACUACCUCACGGGCGAGUGCAAUUAUGGUGGUCGUGUGACUGAGGCAAUGGAUCGGCGGCUCCUUGCCACUCUUCUGAAGAGUUACUACUGCAGUGAGGCUCUGGGGGAUGGUUUCGUGCUCUACCAAGAAGAGGGUGGUCCAACAUACACGCUGCCACCGGAUGGUGGAUAUGAAGUGCAUUUGGAGCACAUCCGGAGCCUUCCGCUUGUGACGCCGCCUGGAGUAUUCGGCUUCCACGAAAAUGCCAAUUUGACAAAGGAGAUGGGGGAGACUUACAAUAUGAUGAGGGAACUGUUGCUCACUGCAGGUUCCGGCAGCAGUGGCGGUGGCUCCUCUCCAGACGUCGUGGUCGGGGAGAUUGCAAAAGAUGUGCUGUCACGGCUGCCGCAGCCAUGGGAUGUCGCAAAGGUGCAGGAGAAGUACCCCACCCUGUAUGAGGAAAGCAUGAACACCGUGCUUGCACAAGAGCUGAAGCGUUUCAACGGAUUAUUGAAGGUCAUACAGAACUCACUCAAGGACAUCCAGAAGGCCGUCAAGGGCCUUCUCCUAAUGAGCGCUGAUCUGGAGACUGCAUUCUUCGAGAUUUUCGAUGGCAAGACGCCGGCGAUGUGGCUGAAGCAUUCUUAUCCAUCCCUCAAGCCCCUGGGCGGUUACGUCAAUGACUUGGUCGAGCGCCUGAAGUUCUUCCAGAAGUGGGUCGACAAUGGGGCUCCUGUCAUGUUCUGGUUCAGCGGCAUCUAUUUCACUCAGGCCUUCACGACAGGGGCCUCGCAAAAUUUUGCGCGAAAGUAUCAGAUUCCGAUUGACACUCUGACCUUUGACUUCUUUUAUCCCAAGGAGCAGGAAUUCACGGAGAAGCCCGAUGACGGAGUGUACACGUAUGGUUUAUUCUUUGAGGCAUGCCGGUGGAAUUGGACAGAUUGGAAGCUGGCAGAGUCCGAGCCGAAAGUGCUCUAUGCCAGCGUGCCCUUAAUUCACCUCAUGCCAUGUUGGUUUGAGAGCAGCACCUUGGCGUAUGCACCCGGCCAAGGGUGCGCUUUCCAUUUGAAAAGCCUGUCUUUGGAUGUGUUGGCCGUUUUUGGCUGGGUGGCAGAGAUGGUGCAUCUCGGCGAAUCUAGCGCCAAUGUGCCCAGCGUCGCAAUGUGGAUGAUGCUGCUGCAAGUUGCCAAGCUGUGGCGCUUCGUCGUACCGACCACUGUUGUGUUGGACAGCCGAGCGGACUCCUUCGCCAGAGGACUAGCGAGCUCGUUUUUUCUACUCGUUCUGAUGUCGCAUCUGGCCGGAGUUGUGCUUCUGGCUUUGGCAACGCAGGAACGGGCGGCAGCCAGCCAAAGUUGGAUCGACAAUAUGAUAGCCGAUGGCGAGACUUGCGUGGAACUAUAUACAGAGGCUUUUUAUUUCAGUGCGCUCAGUGUCACCUCAGUGGGAUACGGUGACGUCCUGGUAACUCCAGCGGAGAGGGGCCUGAAUUCCAUUUUGCUGAUCCUCGGGCAGCUAUUCGUUGCAAAGGUCUGUGCAGACGUGACCUGGCUGACAUCCUUGCACAACAUAGAGGAGACAAAGAACCAGUCGCAGAAAGCACAGACAUCUGUGGCGCUUCGUCACCUCCAGGUGCCCGGAUCGUUGGAGGAGCGAGUAUUGGCCUACCAAAGCUUUGUUCAGCACGUCCACAGGGAAGAAGAUCUUGAUCAACCCGCAUUUCACGGCUUAUCCACACCGCUCAUUCAGGAGCUUCGGCUGGCGGCCUACAGAAAGUUGAUACUGAAGGCUCCCUUCCUCAGGGAGCAGAAAAAACAUGUUAUCUCCUUGAUGGUUAAUUCCUUGUCUGACCUGAUUUACUUGCCCGCCGACUUCAUUGUUUGCAGUGGCGAUACAGGCCGGGAGCUCUUCUUCAUGCGCCGUGGCAUGGCAGGCGUCUACCCCAGUGGCCCAGAAUGCCCGCCAGUCUGGGGCGAGUCCUCUGAAGUGGCCGAAUAUACAGCUGGGAAGUAUUUCGGCGAGCUCGGGAUGUUGACGGCGCGGCCAAGAGCGGCAUGGAUCAUGGCCAAGACCUACUGUGUCCUCUCGGUGCUGCCCUACCAGACCGUGGAGAUCAUGCGGGACGAGUACCCGGAGGCCUUCACAACCUUGGUGCAGUCAAUGGUGCGUGUCUUCAAGCUAGAGCCGUCGACCACAUGGCAAAACGUUGCUGAGCGACUGCUACGGAAAGUGAAAGUCCUCAGCACAGAGGAAGCCUUCGAGUGGUUCUGUGAGCAGGGGAAUGGUCCGGACGUGAUGCCAGGUGAGGAGCCCAUUUUGAAGGCCAAGUCCUUCGAGUGGGUGCUGAAGUUUUUGGGAGUAAAUGAGGCCGAUCGAAUGAUCCUGUGGGCAGAAAUGGAUGCCGACAACACGGGGCAGGUGUCGCGGCAGGAGUUCGAGGAGAAGUUGGACAUUGACUGGGUGCUUGAGAAGCAAGCCAAGGCACUGCACCUGUCAUCGAGAGAGCCAGAGGGAAACUUGAUGUGCAUUGAAGGGCAACCAUCUUGA